AUGAGUUUAUCAUUUUCUUCUUUUGGAAAAAUUCUUGAAAAAACUAAACCAAUAGCAGUUGAUGAAGUAAUAAAUCUAAAUGGUCAUAUCUUACCUACAAUAUAGUAAAAUAAAAAGUAAAGAUAUUGAAAUUAUAAAGCAAGCUCUAAAUGUUUUCCCUGUUAAGAAAAUUUGAAGAGAAACAAUAAACUGAAUCAUUUCCAUUUAAUAGUGUAUCAAGAAAAGCUAAGCCAACAUUAUGUUGUUUAAUGCCAGAAAAGUCUUAUGAAGCAAAAUAUUCACCAAAAUUUGAUGUAAUUUAAUGUAAAUCUCCUUCUUUUGAUUUUGGAUCAAAAAGUAAAAUGAAAACAAGAUCAAUAUCAAUAUGUAGUUAAGAUUACUAUAUUGAUUAAUACACUUCUUUUAGAACAAUAUCUAAAUCAACAAAGGGUUAAACAGAGAAAUAAAGUACAAUUUCUGAAACAAAAGAAGAAUGUCCAAAAUUAUAACAUAUUGAAAAAGUGUAACUUAGUAAGAAUAAGAGAAGUAAAACUAAUAACUUAUCUCCUGAUUUUAAUAAAUAUACUGAUCGUAAAUAUACAUAGAGAGAAUCUUAGCAAUAAUAUGAUUUACUUGGAGUAAAUUAUGCAAGAAUAGUAAAAUUUAUUUAAAAUAAUGAAGAAUAAAAGACUUGAUGUAGGAUAUGUACAAUUUAGUAAAUUUACUAAUAAAGUUGUUAUGAAAUAAGAUAGAGCUGAAACACCCCCAUCAGUUCGUUUAGAUUAUGAUUUUGAUAAACCUAAAUAAAUAAGGAAUGUUUAUUUGGGAAAUAUCCAAAUUAUUUAGAAUAAGAUAAAACCAAAAUUACUACCAUCAAUAAGUAAAAGUGGAUAAAGAAUAGCAAAAAAAAGGAAAUCAGAAUUUAUGAAUUGGUUGAAUAAAUGA